ACCUUGGCAUAAUUUGUCAGCGUUUGCUCUAAAGCAUUGUACAGCACUUGUAAGCUGUUACAAUUUUUUGUUUUUUGACAAAUUCAUUUAAUAUAAAGGGCAGAAUAUAAUGUAUAAGCACUUCAAAAAUAACUAAAAAUCAUGGAAAAACUACGUAAUAAUAGCACUGCCAUCGUACAGCCGGCAGAGCAACAACAACAACAUCAACACACACACCAUCACCAUCAUCAUCACCACCACCAACAGCUCGACCAAUACCCGAAGAGUCCAAUUGAACAAUAUCUUCGCGCCUCAACAAAAAUUAAAAAAAUUGAACGUGUUGUGUUCUUCAAACGCUUUGCUCCAAACGUGGCCGAUGUCCAGGCCGACUUCCAACGUUUGGCCUAUAGCUUCGAGGAAUCGGGCAUCAUGCAAUAUGCGGCAAUGUGUCAUAUUGGUUAUGCCAAAUGUGAGUCAUAUGGUGGCACACCGCAACGUGAAGCUGAGGCUUAUGUGCGCUCUGCUCGUGCCUUUCUCUUAGCACACAACGAAUUCCGACAGCUGCACCUGCGCAGCGGCCAUAAUGGUUUCCGUGAAGGUGCGCUCCAUUGCUAUAAUAAGGCCGCUGAACUUGUAGCCGAUAGUGGAGUAUUCAAAGCAGCUGUGCUGCGCGAGUUGAAACAUCUGAAACGUAAAUUGGAACGUACAAGCAGCUUUGCCUCGCCCACACAUCAGAUCAACGAUCUGGAGAUUAGCGCUGAGAUGAGUAUGCAACGUGAGGAUUAUCGUGGCGCUUUGCAACAUUUGGAUGACAUUGUGGACAACAUUUAUGAGCGACGCAAACCAUCGAUGUAUGGCGAACUAUUGCGACGCGUCGAGGUGCUGCGUCUCCUAUUGCUUGUUCAUCUCAACUUGCCGCCUGCACGCCAAUCGCCAGCACAUAUUAAAUUGAUUGAGUACUAUUACACGCUUGCCCAGUAUGAGACGCCAUCGCAGCUGAUUAGCGGCGCCAAUCAGCCAACAGAACGUGCCGGCGCCUCGGUGCCAAUACAGCAACAGUAUGGCUUGGCGGAAAUCAUUUGCGCCUGGGUUGAGCGUAACAUGUGCGACCUGAAGCAUUUGCUGCGUGACUUUGGCGCCGAGAACAUUUCGAUCAGUCAACAGGAGCGACAACUACUCAAGACUAUCUAUUCCGAACUAUCAAAGAUAUAUUAGGGCAGCAGCCCAUUCGUAUAUACACCCUUAUCACACA